AUGGCGCGUGUCGUUCCUCAAGCCGCUCUUCGCGCCGCGUCGCACGCCCGCUUGCUUGUAGCGUUCGUGUCGCUCCUCGCUCUGCUCCCCGCGGCUCGCAUCGGGUGCCACGCGUGGGGCCACGUCGGCCACGCGUUCACCUGCGCCAUCGCACAGGCAUUGUUAACGGACGAGGCAGCAGCAGCAGUGGCGGCGCUGCUCCCACCGGUCGCUAAGGGCAGCCUCCCUGCCGUGUGCUCGUGGGCUGAUGUGAUUGGGCACACCAAGGGGUGGGCGUGGUCCGCGCCUCUGCACUACAUUGAUACCCCUGACUUCGCAUGCUCGUACGAUGAACGCCGCGAUUGCGCCUUCGCCCAUCACCCCGGUGUGUGCGUGGCCAACGCAAUCAUCAACUACACCUCCCAGCUCCUCACCUACUCACCCCAUUCCUCUGCCCAAUCUGCAACUCCACUCAAGCCUGCCGGUCUCCUUAAAUCCCCUCACCGGCGUAGUCUUCUUCUCAGAGGGGUGAAUGAGGCAGACGCUGCUGUGCUUGGGGGGGCUGGGGAGGAGGGAGAAGGGAAAGAGGGAGUACCGGAGGUGGGCCAAGGGGAAGAGGAGUUGGUGCGGGUGGUAAGGGGAGUGGUGCGAGAUGGGGCAAGAAAAGCUGCUCAUGCUUCAAUCAUUGCUGCUGCGGUUCCUGCCAGGCAGAAAGAAGCUGUGGGUGUGGCUUCUGAGUUGGCUCAAAAGUCUCCUGCUAGGCAGGAAGAAGCAGUGGAUGUGGGGUCCAUUAAACGCUACAACCUCACACAGGCGCUCAUGUUCCUCGCGCACUUUGCGGGGGACAUUCACCAGCCUCUGCACGUGGGAUUCACAUCUGAUCUGGGCGGCAACAGGGUGCAUGUGACAUGGUUCAAGAGGAAGACCAACCUGCAUGCGGUGUGGGACAGCUUUAUCAUAGAUUCGGCCAUCCACCUGCGCUACAACGGCAGCAGCACCGCCAUGCUGCAUCACAUCGCCCACCAACUCGCCUCAGACUGGCGCCCCCUCAUCCCUGCCUGGGCCUCCUGCCCUGGAGACGUUCUUUCUCGUGCUGCUGCUGCUGCUGCUGCUGCUAGUGCUUCUGGUGUUUCUGAUGAUGCUCAAAUCUCAUCGCAUCUUUCUCCUGCUGAAGCUGCUGCCUGCCCAGCUGUGUAA